ACGGAAGAGUCACCAGCGGACUCCGUAGAUUGAGCGGUCGUGUAUAUAAAGCGGACAUUUCCUCUCAUUCUUCUUUCUGUUUCGUUGUCUCUCUCUAUUCCUCAGCUGCGGCGACGACUACAGAGACGACUAAAAUCGUAGCAAACGACGAGACAACAACGAUUAUCGUAGUUACAUCGUUAUUCGUGUGCCAAAGUCAUUCACAUCAUGUCUGGAACCACUGCCGAACACUCAGCCCAGGAAUCCUCCUCGUCAGAGGCGCUGUACUUCUGGAAACCAGACUCCCGUCUCGGCGGGUUCCUGAGCCAAUGGACAUCCAGCGCGUUCUCCGACGGACGGCACGAGUUCUCGAACGCGGAGCAAUACAUGAUGUACCGCAAGGCGCUUCUAUUCUCUCCCACGGGCGACUCUGACGCGGUCGUGCGGACGAUCCUUGGCGAGUCCGAUCCUCGGCGGAUGCGCGCGCUCGGCCGGAAGGUCCGCGGCUUCGACCAGGCACUGUGGGAUGCCGAGAAGUAUCAGAUCGUCCUCGAGGGGAAUCUCCUCCGCUUCCGGGGUAAUCCCGAGUGUCGCGCGAAACUGCUCGCGACUGGCAGGAGAGAGCUGGUCGAGGCGAGUAGAUAUGAUAGAGUCUGGGGUAUUGGGUUUUCUGAGCUGCAAGCUCCGACUGUAGAUCGCGCGAGGUGGGGUGAGAAUUUGUUGGGGAAGGUUUUGAUGGAGGUGCGCGAUGUGCUGCUUGAGGAGAGUGGUGUGGAGUAGUUCUUCGGGUUGCGAGAUGUCUGAUGCAGUCGUGAAUCUUGAUGGCAGCUGGUUAAGUGGGAUUGAUGUUUGAAAAGAAUCGCUCUCUGAACUUCUACCUAUUUGCUUUACUGCAUUUGCGAGCUAUUCUUUUUUGUAGUAUUCACAUCACGAACUUGUAUCGUUUCAGCCUCUUCAAGCUGUGGUGUUGGAGCUUAGUCACUCGAAUAAGCCUCCACCGCCACAGGCGUGAUCAACAGCAGGAGCGUGACGAUACAUGAACCACACCGAAAUAGAGCA